GGUUGAAUGAAAUCAGUGUCAGUACUAUUUUCCGGUCCAAUUUUCCGCACGUGGCUCAUUUACUGAUGAUAGAAGUCGAAUCAAAGAAAAGUAAAGAUGCUUGUGCUUUUUGAGUCCGCUGCAGGCUAUGCCCUAUUUAAGGUAAAAUAGCCAUUAAUUCUGAGUUAAACCUUCAUAAACUAUUACAGAACAAAAGUAAAAGGCUAAUGACUAAUGUAAAGCACGAAGGCCACAGCGUCAUUUGCUUGUUUAUUAUAGUUGCAGUGAAUUAUGAUUUAGGGUUCAGGUUAGGCAUCGGCAUAGGGAUCGAUUUAGGGUUCAGGUUAGGCAUCGGCAUAGGGAUCAAUUUAGGGUUCAAGUUAGGCAUAGGGAUCGAUUUAGGGUUCAGGUUAGGCAUAGGGAUCGAUUUAGGGCAUUAGUUGCGGCCAUCGAUAAAAUAGUGGCAUUCGUCCUUUACUGUACUUUACAUUUUACCAAGUAAAACUUAAAAGUUUUGGCUUAUAUUUAGGAGGGAUGCCACGGCACCUUUGUGUGUUUAUUAUAGUUGCAGUGAAUUAGGGUUUAGGUUAGGUUGAGGGAUCGAAUUGGGUUUCAGGUUACGGUUAGGCAUACUGCAUGGCAUAGGGAUCGGGUUACGGUUAGGGUUAGGCAUAGGGAUCGAUUUAGGAUUCAGGUUAAGCAUAGGGAUCGAUUUAGGGAUACAUUCGUGAAAUUCGAUAAAAAUGUGGCAUUAGUCCUUAAAAUUUACCAAAGUUUCUUUUAUUUUAGUUAAACUCAUAUAAAAAUAUGGUAAAUGAAAAUGGUCACUGAAAAAUAAGGCUUAUUUUAAUAAGGUAUAAUAAUAAAAACUUAGACAAGUCCCAUCCUCGAACUAAAUUCUAUACUAUAGACUAUUAUACUAUAGAUUAGACGGUAAGACUAUCAUCAUGACUUGACGUAGUUAACCUACAUUUUGAACAUUUUAUUACGCUACCAUCUUCAGACUAAAUCUUCAGAAGUUAAUUAAACAGUACUGAAAAUUGGCUUACAGAAUUUCCUAACACUGUACCUCCUAAAGAAAAAAUAUCAACUUAUUUAAUUUUAAUAAUUUACCACCUUCACAUAUGAAGUUCACUGCGUAACAACCUUCAGUACUAACAAUAUAAAACAUGUGGGGUGUUGAAGAGGAAGCAGGACGCACCAGAAGCAAAAUAUAUACGAGAUAAUUUUAAGAAGGCAGUGUCUACACGUCCGCUGACCGGACAAAUAGUGCGGGAGAUAUUCUUCUGGCGGGGAAGUCAUGUGACCGCUGGAUGACUAUGUGUUAAUUAUUCGGCGGGAUAGUCAUGUGACAAGAGGUCACCGGCAAAAUUAAAGGAAAAAAAUUUCUUUAUCUUGAUUUAAAUAUCUUAUAAAGCUCUACCUCGUUGCCUAAAUUUUAAAAAUGAACCGAACCAAAUAAGACCAAUGCUUGUCAGUAGACUGUCAAUAGAUCUACUGUCAAAAAAGUUUUAUUUUAGGCUAUAAAUAUUGCAUGAGUGAGAAGUAGGCUAGCCCAACAGCACACCAUAUUAUUAUAUGAUUUAAAGAUGUAGGGUCUAUUUCUUUGUGAACUUUCGACCUCCCUGCCAUAAUUAUCACCCUCGCUAUCAUUUUUAUCCCUUCUCUCUUGUCCUCAGUAUUUCUUCUUUCUAGUAUGCAUCCCCCUCCCCCCUUUCCCCCCCCCCUCUUUCUUCUUGAAAUGAAGUGUAUAUUCGUCGCAUCUCUGAUGCCAGUUUUAUGAUGACUAUUAGCGGUCACGGGACAAGGCUGAAGGACAGAUAUCUGGCGCAAUUUUUUUUUACGGCGGUCAUGUGACCUGGUUGCCGGACGAAUAUCUUGAAUCAUUCAUCCAGUUUCCGGACAUGUAGACACUUCAUUUUAAGAAUACAUAAGGGUCUAUUUCUUUGUGAACUUUCGCCCUCCCUGCCAUAAUUAUCACCCUCGCUAUCAUUUUUAUCCCUUCUCUCUUGUCCUCAGUAUUUCUUCUUUCUAGUAUGCAUCCCCCUCCCCCCUUUCCCCCCCCCCCUCUUUCUUCUUGAAAUGAAGUGUAUAUUCGUCGCAUCUCUGAUGCCAGUUUUAUGAUGACUAUUAGCGGUCACGGGACAAGGCUGAAGGACAGAUAUCUGGCCCAAUUUUUUUUUACGGCGGUCAUGUGACCUGGUUGCCGGACGAAUAUCUUGAAUCAUUCAUCCAGUUUCCGGACAUGUAGACACUUCAUUUUAAGAAUACAUAAAAGUGAUCAAAGUAAAAACAUGGGCAGAGAAUUUCUGAGAGAACUGCUGAUCCAUGGGAAAAUUUAUUUUAAAGUAACCAGAAAUUUCGUAACUUAAAUGACUUUAUACAUUAAUUUAAAAAUAAAUAUACAUAAAGCUUAAUAGGAUUUAUACCUCAAAUAAUAAUCAUUUCUAGGGCUACCCCUACUACAGAAGCGAGGUCCCACAUUAACGUCUUUUUCUUUUUUAAUUUAAGUUCAUUGGUGCUAGUAUAACAGGCUGUAGUAUCUUAUAUAUCUAUUUAUAAUCAGUCAGUAUGAAAGUCAAAGUACCUUACUAGUGACUAUCGAUAUUAGCUUUUUUAAGCAACGUGAGCUAAAAUGUUAAGCCUGAAAAUGAUGACUUUGUGAAGAUAGAAUACGAAUUCUAGCAUAACCGUAAGUAGGCCUAAUCUUCUCAUGACUAUUUCAGUUGUGAAGCAUUUAAUUUUAAUAGUUAACUUUACAAAAAUUAAAAAGCUAUCCUUUUACCUGGUUAUCUUGUACAACUUAAAAUUUUAUGUUCAGGCCAAAUUAAAUUAUUGCCCUUUUCCACAUAAAAAUAUUCCAGCCCCCUCUGUUCAGCUGUCUUAUUAUUUGAUCCAGCAUUUGGAAGUAGUAGUAGGCCUACCUGUUUUAUACAUCUGUCUAAUAUAAAAAAGUGGAUUUAAAAAGAGUAGUCCCAUCAUUUUGUUUAUUUUUUGUUUAAUAUAUUUUUUUAUAAUAAAAUAACUUUUUUUUUUUUUUUUUUUUUGCAGCUGCUUGAUGAAUCAAAGUUGCAGAAUAUUGAUAAUAUUUACAAAGAUUUUGAAUCUCCAGAAAAGGCAGCAAAAGUGUAAGUCCCAGCAGUUUUGACAAAAAUCUUUUAGAUUACUUGUAUUCCUGACAUCUGAAAUAAUAAUUCAUAGGCAUAUAGGUAGGGCCUUUAGCCAAGACCAUAGUUGUUAGGCUAUAGAAUGUCUAUAACUAUAAUAUAUUAACUCUUAUUAGGCUAGGGGAAUAAUUUGAGGACUUCCCAAUGUUCCAAACACUUAAACAUUUCUGUAACACUUUAAAUUUCUGUGAAGUAACUUAUGUUUUACAAUAAGACUCUGCAAAGAUUAUAGGUUUGUCAAUUGUCAAAACAUUUACAAUAUGUAAUUUAUAAUAUCAAUGCUAUUGUGUCUGAACACUAUGUUUGAAUUUGCACAUGGGCAUGGCUGAAGUUUUCCAGCUCUAGGGUUUAAUCUAGUUCUGUUAAUAUUAAUAUUGCUGUGCCAUAUUUUGUAGUCCUAAAUAUAGCAGACAAAAUAGUAAAAUUAAAAAGUAUAGUGAGAUCUAAAGAUCGACUAACAAUAAAAAAGGAUGUUAGGUUCAUAUUUAUUAUUUUAUAAUACUUUUACAUAAUGAAAUAUGUAGAGUCAGCAGAAUAUUCAUGUUGUGAGUCUUAUAAAAAUGUUCUAAAAUGAAUAUUUAAUUACCUAAAAAAUUCAUUCGACUAGCAAGACAGUGUUAAAAAUAUUCAGUGCCUUUGCCGUUGAUUACUUUCAGUUUGAAACUCAAGCAUUUUCAAAAGUUUGAGAAUAUAAAUGAGGCUGUUGCAGGUACUUAUAAAUCAAAUUUUAAUUUUUAUAUGAAAUCUAGAUUCUGUUACAUGUUAUAUUUUAUGCAUCCGUGUAAUACCACAAAAAGCAAUUUGUUAGUCAUAACAAAAUAUUUACUGCUUCUAAAAUUAAAAUUGAUCAAAACAAAUUUCAAACUUUUGUAAGCAUUUAAAACUAGAAAUGUAAAUUAAAUGCCCCAUAUAAAUUUUGGCAGCGUUUGAGAACGGCCCCUUGGAAUAUUUUUGGAAUUCUAUUUCAAAUCAUAUUUUUUUGCAUUGCAGCUAAUUUGACUGUUGAAAAUGAUAAAGUGAAUAAGAAUUUAAAAAGCAUCCUGAAAAAGCAUGUUCUUAAAGAUGCAGAAGCCGAGCUGGCUGUUGCAGAUGCUAAGCUUGGGAAGCUACUUAAGGUUAGUUGAACAUUUAAUAGUAUUAAUUAAACAGUGUAAAUUAUUAACAUUUUGGUUAAGGUUAAAAGCCAUCUUCUGCAGAUAAAAAGUAUAUCUUUAUACAUAACUUUAAUGCAGAUGAACAGCUUAAAAUUAAGUGACUGGUGAAUAUUACAAACAACUUAUCUCUUUGUCUAUGCAGAAAAAAUUUGAACUUAAUUGUGUCACAAAUUCAGCCAUCCUGGAGUUGAUGAGAAACAUUCGUUCCCAGCUUGAUAGCUUCAUAUCUCCCACAGUAGCGGCUAGUCAUCUGGCUCAGAUGUCACUGGGCUUAGCUCAUAGGUAUUUUCUCAUUGUUGUAUUUUAACUAUUUAAUAACAGUUCCUUGCUGUAUUAAUCUUUUAUUUAAAAUUGUUAAAAAAAAAAAUGUAAAGCCUAUUUAUCAGGCUUUUACUUACUAUCAGACUUAAAUAGUUUUGAAUAUAAUUUUCAAUGAUUUUUAUGUUAAUUUGUGAUUUUAAAAAAACCUGUUAGCUGUUGCCUUUGUAACCUUUUUCAGACCUGUUUACUCUUACAAUUUAAUGGGGGGGGGGUGGAAAUAUUAACAUACGCCCUAGAGAAAGUUUUUGUCAAUCCGACACCAACAAAAUAUGAUGUAAGCAUGGGGGAGGGGGGGGGUUCAUCUGCAGAAAGUACAUACUUCAUUAAAAAAAAUUCUACAAUAUUCACCCUGAAAGUCCCAAAAAGCAUAUUUCUAUCUUGAAUGCUGUGAGGAACGGUAGGAAUUGUAAUCAAAAUGUUGCCAUGUGGUUUCACUAAAAAAACUUCCUUGAAAUACUUUGAUAGUUUUCAGUGGUAAGGGUAUUACAGUAAUACUGGCACUGGCAUUAUCGACUUUUCUGUGCAGCAUUAGAUUUUGACAUAGUUACAUGAAAAAGAAAUAUGUUCAAUUCUACAAAAGAAAUACUAGAACCAUUGCUGGUAUAUAUAAUGAACAAAGUGUCAAAAAGUGACAAUGUUAAAUAAAGCGUGACAUGCUCACCCGAUGAAUAUCUCCCACACUAUUUCUCAGGUCGCCGGACAUGUAGACACUGUCUUGUUUUUAUUGAAGCGAACCACGAUUUUUACAUCAUUCUUCAAUCAUCAAUUGAUCCAAUCGCGAUUCAUCCUUUUACUAGGCUAAAAAAUAAUUCAGUUGUGUUGUGAAUUUGUUUUUUGUUAACUCUUUUGGUAAUUAAAUGGAUAAAUCUAUUGAAAGUGGUGGGUACAAUGAUAUUAGUGAACAUAUUUUAACACCAAAAAACCCAACAAAACUGCAACUAAAAGCAGUAAAUCUAAGACAUCCUUCCAUGUAUAAUUUCUUUUCUAAGGAACAAGGAUGAUUCAUUUAUCAGAUCAGAAGUCUUAUUUACCACAUCUCUUAUUGAAGGAAAUAUUUAUCUAGCCAACUCCGAUUAUUUUGAUGCCAGAGUCGAAGAUAUGUUUCCAGACUUGCAGAUUGCUAGAAGAUUGUAAAGAAAAAUUACAAUGAAACAAGCACAGGCCUGAAAGUUGAUUGAUACUCUUUCUAACUUGCUUGUAACUAAAAUCAAUUGCAAUGCUAACCUUCAGUUGUUCAAAGAGCUGUUGGGCAAAUGUAAAAAGGCCACUAGGGAGAUGCUAAAUGGGUAGUCUGUUCUAUAUAUUAUAAACAUAUCCAUUGUUUUUCUCAUGUUCUGUGGACUCUUCAAAGACAAUGGAGGUUUCUUUAUUUACUAUAAAAGGCUUGUGGCACUUGUGUAUUAGUAUGUAGAUCUUUAACCAUCACCCGCUGCCGCCCCGCGAGCUUACCCCUACAGAUUUUUAUUUCUUGGCAGGUUGGCAGGUCUGUUGAUAUCAAAAGCAUAUACACUUCUACAAAACAUAAAGUGACCACAGACUUAAAUAUAAACGUCAUUCAUCUACUAUUAGAAGAUAGCUUUUUUACGCCAGCUUAGCCCUUUUCCCACUAGACACGAUGCGAGUAGUUAUCGUUUACAUUAAAUAUAUUGUAUGUUUAUUUUAGUAUGAAGAUACAGUUACUUUACUGUACAAUUUUAAGAAUUAGUAUUUAAACUUUAUUCACUGAUUUACAAUAUUAUGCUCGGAGGGUCAUGAUACUUUCAUAUUCCCUUUUUCUGAAAUGAACAUUAUCUCAUAUUUAACUAUUUCUAUUUCAGUUUAGGAAGGUAUCGUCUCAAGUUCAGCCCAGACAAGGUUGACACAAUGAUUGUUCAAGCUGUUUGUAAGUUGUUUUUUUAUAGCAAUCAAGUUUGAUGCUCUAUAAUUGGUUGUAUUUAAUUAAUUUAGAGUAAUGGUGUCUGGAUCUUUAGAAUUGAAAGUCCCUUGCAUUUCAUAUUUUAUUGUAAUUUUCAGCGCUCCUGGAUGAUGUUGACAAAGAAUUAAAUAACUACAUUAUGAGGUUAAGAGAAUGGUAUGGAUGGCAUUUCCCAGAGCUGACAAAAAUUAUCACAGAUAAUUUAGCAUAUGCUAGAGUUGUUAAAGAGAUGGGUUAGUAAAUAUCUUUCAACAAUUUUUUUUAAAUUUUAACCAUCCGUGUGUGAUCUGACUUAUGACUUAUUAGAGAGGAGUGUCUCUCGUAUGAGACCUCCUCUUGGCACUCUGUCUAGGGAUAUGUUAUUUAAGCCGAAUAACCACACGGACAUAACACCUAUCUAUAUACAUAUAGUAUAGACUGAAACGAAGUCUUAGUUAAAGGUGAAAUUAACUACAAAUAUUUAUUACACAAUAAUAUUUACAACUUCCUACGUGAAACACUCGUGGUGCUCAAUGUAUAUACAUCAAACGGAUUUCAUCCAAUUAUAAAGGUAUAUUAACACAAAGCAAGUGUCCCUAACAUACAGACGGUAUCAUCAUUACUACUGCUAUAUUGCUCAAGUUAUAUGCUCGAUCUUGGUAAACUUAGCCUUUAUGGUUCUGUGGUGGUCUCGGUGGAUCACACAGUGUGGGAGUUCCUUCUGUUCUAUAUGUUUGUUUUAUAUGUAGUAUAGAAGUAUAUGUUAUAUAUAAAUGGUUAAAGUGCAAUUUCUUUGAGUUCAUUGCAGUUACAUUUUAAAUAUUAUCACAGGAGAUCGAACCAACGCUAGCAAAAUGGAUUUAUCAGCUGUUCUACCAGAGCAUUUAGAAAAGGAGUUAAAAUGGGCUGCAGAAAUAUCAAUGGGAACAGAAAUAUCUACAGAAGAUAUCUUUAAUAUUAAAAACUUGUGUGACCAGGUAAUGUCAUCUAAACUAUUCAUAUAGAUCAUUUGAGUUCACUUUGUUUCAUUAAGUCAUGUGAUGCAUAGAGGAUUACAUUUUUGGCGUUAUUAUCCAAUUUUUAAACACUCUGUGAUUAUUCUAAAUGAAAAGUAGUGGACCUAUUAAAAGAUGAGGACACAUUCAUUUAUGAGAGUGUUGGUUGAGUCACUAACUUUUCUUAAAGACCUACCAUUUAGAAAAAAAAUCAAUACUGUAUUUUAUUUUCAUAAUACAAUAAUUAUUGUAGGUGACAGAAAUGUCCAAAACAAGAGAUGAGUUGUACAGUUACCUGAAGGAACGCAUGGCAAUGGUUGCUCCUAACUUGACAAUUUUGGUGGGAGAACUUGUUGGGGCUAGAUUAAUAGCUCAUGCAGGUAACUACAUAUCCUUGGCUAGGUAGCUUGCUUCCAUAAAAUGUGCAUAUUUUUGUAAUUGUUUACUGCUACCAUGGUGAAUAUCUGCUAAUGAUGGAAAUUAAAAAGAAAUCUGAUACAAUCUGUGAUUAUGAAACUUUCGUCACUACCUCUGAAGCAGACUAUUUUUUUUGUGCAUUACGAAUUCUCAGAUCAGCACAUCAGUCAGAAUAUUACUAAUUAAUUGGUAUUGUGACAUAUUUCAUAUAUUUUUAUUAUUUCAUUAUUGUGUAUGCAUUUAAAUACUUUUAAAAAUGAAAAUUGUAGGUGAUUCUUUUUUUUAUAAUCUAUAGCUAUACUGAUUUUGUGAGGAAAUGGGCAAACUAUUAUUUUUACUGUAAUUAGCAGAUGAAGUAACAAUUGGAACGUUCUUCUGUUCCUAAAUAUUUUGAAUCUUAUCAAUUCCAGUCUACAAAAGGUAGUUUCUGCUGUUAACAUGUCGUUCUUUUUUACAUUUACACGAACUAUAGCAUGCUUCCACCCUUAUAAGUUGUAAUUCAAUACAUUCAUAACUACUGUUAACAAAAUUUAUGCUUCAACUUUCUAAUAACGUCUGACCAUUUAUGGUACGAGUAAUUAUCUGCUAGUGAUGCAAAACAUAAUGAAAUCUGAUCAUUCUGUGAUUAUGAAACAUUCGUCACUACCUCUGAAGCAGAUUGUUUUUAAGUAAAGUAGUUUUUGAAUUUUCAGGCUGUUCUUACCUUUUGAAAUAUAUGGUUAAGUUUUAAAUGAAUAUUGUUCAGGUUCGUUGCUGAAUUUGGCAAAGCAUCCAUCCUCAACAGUUCAGAUCCUUGGGGCAGAGAAAGCACUGUUCAGGGCCCUUAAAACCAAACACGACACUCCCAAAUAUGGUCUAAUAUACCAUGCUUCAUUGAUUGGAGCCGCCCAACCAAAAAACAAAGGAAAGGUUUGUAAUCUUGCUGUAUUUGCUUAAGUUCUUGUGCGAACUGAAAUUUAAAUUUGUGAAUUUACUGCAUAUUUUGUAUGUAACUGACAUUCACUCUUAUAUUUUCCUCUCAGCUCUCUAGGAUGCUUGCAGCCAAAGCCUCAUUGGCUAUUCGUUUUGAUGCUCUUAGCGAAAACAGUGAUAGUACUCUAGGUUUAGAACAGAGGGCCAAACUCGAAAGCAGAGUCAGAAGCUUAGAUGAGAAAUCUGUAAGUAUUAGUCUUCUUGUUCAAUUAAGGUGGUCCAUGGGUCAAAAAAAAAUUUUCUGUUUCUUAAAUUACAAAUUUUUUUUUAGUACAUACUAACUAUACACCAAUAGAAAGACAAAAAAAACAUGGUUUAUUUUAAAAAAAUUUUUAAAAACUUUUAUUACAAAAAAUAUAAAAUGUUAUACCAAUAUUGACAGUUACGCAAAAUUUAUCAACACCAAAAGUUUUCUCAACAUCAUAAUGAAACUUUGCACACUCGUUAAUAAUACAGUUGUUAAAAAAAUGACACCCAACUUUCUGCAUUACAAUUAUUGGAGCAUCUACAAAUGACAUAUGUGGGGUCACAUAAAUUUUUGGCAAAAUAUGGGGGGUAACAUGUAAAAAAAAAAAAUAAUUUAAAAAGUUUUGUUGGACAGUUCUAAAAGAAGAAGGUGUUAUUAUUUAGAUAAUAUCAAUGGUAAGAAGCAUGGAAAGUUUGAAGACUGUAGCUAUAAUACUUUGCCUCCUGAUACAUUUGGCAUUCCUAAAAAAUCUGAAAAACGUGAAGUUGAGAAAAACGAAAAAGAAUUUUAAAAAUGUUGUUUUUUUUAAAUUAAAAACUACUUGAACAAUAAAGGGUGCAUAUAUAAAUGAAAAAACAAUAUAAAAACACAGAUAUAAAAGAUAGAAAAUUAAUAAAGUCGUGUUUUCAGAACAUCAACCCCCGUCCCAAAUAAAAACAUUCUAAUAAACAAAAAAUAAUUUUAAAAUUUCUUCUGGACAGAUCUUAUAGAAGGAGGUGUUAUUAAGCAUGGAAAGUUUGAAGCCUGUAUCUGUAAUACUUUUCUUCCUGAUACAUUUCGCGUCCAUGAAAAAUCUGAAAAACGCAAAGUUGUGAAAAACGAAAAAUAAUUUUUUUUAAAAUUAAAGACUACUUGAACAAUGUCGGAUGUAUAUACCAUGUACAUGAACCAUUCAUAAAUUAAAAAAAACAAUUAAAAAAACACAGAUAUAAAACACAUAAAAUUAAUAAAGUCAUGUUUUCAAAAUAACAACCCCCCCCCCAAUACAAUUAUAAUAAUAAUAAAAUAAUUUUUAAAUCUCUGCUUGACAGAUCUAAAAGAAGGAGGUGUUAUUAUGUAGAUAAUAUCAAUUGUAAAAAGCAUGGAAAGCUUGAAGCCUGUAGCUAUAGUACUUUUCCUCGUGAUGUAUUUGGCAUUCCUGAAAAUCUGAAAAACGCAAAGUUGAGAAAAACAAAAUAUUUUAAAAAAAAAUUAAAGACUACUUAUUGAACAAUAUUGGAUGCAUCUACCAUGUACAUAUACUAUUCAUAAAUGAAAAAACAAUAUAAAAACACAGAUAUAAAUGAUAGAAAAUAAAUAAAGUCAUGUUUUUAAAAGCAACCCCUUGUCGUAAAUAACAUGAUUAUAUAAAAAAUUCUGGAAAAAUUGUCUCAUGUGAGUGUGAGGUAUGUAGAUAUAACACUUUCCCUCCUGAGUGAGCCAACUCCCAUCAUAGGACCAUCAUCAAUGUCUACUACCUCUGCAACUUAUCCUUGUAGAUUGGUAGCGACUGAUGCAGGGUGGUAGUGUAGCAUUCUGGUCGAUUGUCUUUUGGUGAAUGUUUGGUACAUCCAUUAUUUGGAAAAACUUCCCCAUACCAGCAUGCCACAAUCCAGUCAUUAAUGAUGCUGUCACAGCUCUUUUGCUGACAUAAAAAAUUUUGCCUUUGCAUACAACUAACGUGUCAGAUGAUGGGAUGACAACGUCACAUACAUUACAUACGACUUUUAAAAAUAACGCUAGUCUAUAAAGUUAUUUUCAUCACUGUGAACCUUGAAGUGUACUACUUGCAUACUGGGCAUGAAAACUUUUGAAAAAUAUGGCUGGAGGGCAUCUAUCUGCAUGAUAGAUGAGGCAGAGAAGCCUACAGUAGGAUUGAUAUUCCAAAGCAUGAAGUCUGUUCUUCGAAGCAGACGAUGCCAUAGAUUCUUCAGAUAUUGAAGUUGGCGGUGAGGCUGGUGCCGAAGCUGGCGGUGAGGUUGAUGCCGAAGUUGGCGGUGAGGCUGGUGCUGAGGCUUGCGGUGAAAUUGGGGCUAGUCUGGCUUUCUCUAGUUACUUGGACUUGGAUUACUUGUUCUUGGGGGCAGGGAUUUUCUGUAUUAUGAAGAAAAAAAUGUUUUUAUUAGCUUAUGAAACAUAAAAUUAUAUUAGUAUUAGACUGAGCAAUUAGCUCCUUUUUAGCCUGGCAAAGGUAAAUAGAAUCAUAAUUUUUUGUUUUUUAAAUCUAAAGAAAUGGCAAGAUUUCUACUAUUAUUACAUUAUUAUUAUCUGUUUUAAUUUUUUUUUUUUUUUAAGUACAAAUUAGGAAAUCCUAGACUCUAGGCCUAUUCAAAUUUUGCAUUCAUUUACAUUGAUAAAUAUUACCAUCUCAUAAAUGUUGUCGUUGACAACGAAAUACAAAUUGAAAAUAUAACAUCAAAUUAGCGACGUGUAAGGACACAAACGUAAAGAAAAAUAGUAAUGAAUAUAUUGAAAUAUUUUUUGUAUUACAAUUUUGUAUAUUUAGGCAUAAAGUAGCUUUCAAUUUGAUUCAUAAGCCUACGCUCAUUACAUUUUUAUGUGUGUGCGUAUAUCACUGUUUCGUAGUAGUAUUAGUACUAGUAAGUAGGCCUAGUGAUAAUGACACUGUAUUAUUAUACUAAACCUAGCUCAACCUUCGCUCGAACGCCUAAAACUAGCUAAAAAUAUUUAAUAUAAAUUAAAUUAUACAAUAAUUAAUUUAACUUACCUUUUUAAAGCAAGAAAAUAAGUUCGAAUUUGAAUUUAUUUGAAGACUGCAAAAGUAAAGUUGAUCGAUUGAUAAAAGGUUACGCUAACUGGACACAAUGAAUUUGGGAGACGGCCAUUGCAUUGUGGGAUAGAUUUCUGACGUGUUGAUGAAGUCUAAAAAUAGCUGACCAAUGAUAAUAUCCAAUUUAUUGAAACUUUAAAUCUCGACCAAUAAGAAAAUUUGUUUGAGCGAAAAUAUAGGGGCUUUGCUGAACAAAGAGCUCCCGCCAGCCUUAUUUCUGAACAUUUUAGUGGGCGAUACCAUUACUGAGUAGAGAGGCUAAGCUUUCCAUUGAUACCAGAUAUGACUAUAUUGCGUUGUAAUUAUAUUGUAAAAGCGAAGGGUGCGCCAGGGGGUCUAUGGGCCUGAAUUUUGCCCCAGAAGUCAAAAUUUGCUCUUACCAUACUUCUUUAAAAUACAUUUUAACAACUUUAAAUUAUUUUUUAAUGAAAAUGGUAAAAACCAAAAUGUUCCUUAGAUGUUUAUCUAGUAAGAUUCACCAUAAUCUAAUUUUUUAUAAAAAUUAUAUAAAUAUAGAUAUUUUCCCCCGUGGACCACCUAAAAAAAAACCAGAAAGACCCUCUGUUAUAUUUAAGUACCUAAUAUUGAAAUGCAACCUAGAGCUGGAUUACUGAGCUAUACUGUUUUGCUACAUUAAUUUCGGUUUUGCUGGUUGUUUAGAAACAUAAUUUUUCAAAGAUUUUGAACGAAUAUAUAUAUGUUGUGGUGCGGGUAUGUGAAUUGCUGUUUUUAGUGUAUAUCAAUUUCAAGGAAAAUUUAUUUGUGCCUAACUUGGAUUUUUUAAAAAAAAUUUGUGUAGAUCAGUUUAAAUUAUUUAUCUCUGGGUUUUGAUAAUGCCAUUUCCCCUCUGACUAAAACUUUAAUUUUAACUUGUUUUUUUUUUAAAAAUUUAAUACAAAAUUUAGGCUAGAAGAAUAAGUGGCACUGGUAAAUUCCCAAUGCAGCAACAGAAAUACACAGGAGUCAGGUUAGUUUUACAUUGUUUUUUAUAUAUUUAAUCCGACAUGUUUAAAAUUAUCCCACAUUAUUCCUUUUUAAAUUCUUAGGUGGGACAUGAGCAAUGCCAUAAAGAUUUGAGUUGUUUUAGAGCAUGUAUAUUUCUAAUUUUUUUCUUAAAAAAAGAAUGCAAUCACAACAAAAAAGUCUGUUAGUAAAGUUUCAAAGUUUCCUGAAGUGUUUAUCAAUACCUAAAGGUGUUGCAUGUCUGUAAUAAAUGUUUGAUUUAUAUCUUAUCAAUUUUGAGUCAGUAGUACAAUCAUUGAACAGGUAAACUUAACUUUUUUGAUUUUAGUGUAAUAAAACAAUUGAAGUUCCUUGUGGGGUUACUUUCUAUUUUAAAAAUGUAAAAAAAAAGCACAUUUAUUGUAUAAUUUAAAAUUAUAUUUUUUUCUAUUUUGUAACUCUGAGUAGCUUUACUCGAAGUUUUUAUUUAUUUAUGUUCAAAUACAAUCUUUUUCAGUGAUGUAAAAACAUUUAACCCAGCACUAGACUCGACUAUUCCAAGUUCUUUGAAAAGAAAAGCUGAAGUGGAGGAAGAUGUGAAGUCACCUAAAGCAAAGAAGAUUAAAAUUGAAGUUGUUGAGGAAGCAGAGGUCACAGCUGAAUGCGAUGCUGAAGCUCACAAAAAGAAGAAAAAGAAGAGGCAUUCUGAAGUGACAGAUGUGAAGGAUGAAACAAAAGGUAUUUCAUUUUCAUCAAAUACUGGUAGUCAAAUUUUAACAUUUACUGUUUGCUCUGGAAUAAAUUAGAUCUAAUUUUAUAAAUGUAUAAUUAAAUUUAAAUUGUUUUUUAUUAUUUUAAAGUGUAAGGAUGGGUUUUGUAAAUGACUUUCAUUCUUUUUAUUUUUGUACUGUUUCAUUUCAAUUAUUUUUUAAAUAGCUUUAAACUGUAAAUUAUACAAUUACUACAAUCCCAGAUUUAAAAAAAAAUAAGUAUUAAAUAUGUUAUCUAUAUAUCAGCAUUUAAACAUUAGUGUCUACACCAUAGAGAAAUUGGGAAGGAAAAAAGUCAAUUAAAAAUAUACUAUGACAGUCUAUUUUGUACUGGUAUCUUAUCCUAAUUAAAUUUAUUUUAUUUUAGAUGAUGCUGCUCCAAGUAGUCAUAAAAAGAAAAAAAAGAAGAAGACAAAAGAGCCAGCUGACUCAGAUGAUUAAUAAAUUUUGUUUUUGAAAAAUAUUAGAUUGUUUUUAUAAUAUUUUUUUUCAUGUUACCAUUUACUUUUAAACACUGAGGAAAUAAAUCUAUUUGAUUUGUAUGCCAUGUCCAACACCUUGUAUGGGAUUUUAUUAAUUUUAAAAAACAUAUUAGUAAUAUUAGCUUAUUAGGCUUGAUGUUUUUUAAACCUUUUAAUGCUGAUGGAGGUGGAUGAAAUGUUUAAGCAUUAGUCUCAAGAUUUUAAGUAUUAAAACUGCCACUAAGACAUAAAUUUCUCGGCCGGGGGAUGGGGGUUCGUACAAUAUCAGGAUAGUUUAGUGGUCUCGUAAUCUAAGGAUGGAAUGUUUCAACUUAACUUGUUAUAUGUGCCCUAUGCUUUUACCAACAGCAUCUUGAGUUCUCAUUGUUGACUCAUGAUCUGUGUUACACUGUGUUCAUUCUGAGAUGUCUAUAUUGAAAUUAAAUAAAAUACUAUUGCAGUACAGUGUCUUUAAUCCAUUGUUAAAAUUUUCAAAGUGGAACUAUAAAAUAAGAUUGAAAUACAUACACUUGAUCUUAAAUGGUGUAGGGUGUAGUACAUUUAAUAGUAGCAAGAAAUACUUGUUUGCAAUAGCCACUACCAUGUGAUGGAGCUUGUUCAACCUUAUAAUAAAUUAAAUAAAUUAAUGUACUCCCAAAGAGUCUUUUUAUUUUACAUUCUUAAACAUUUAACUGAUCAGGCUUGUGCUCACUUCCAUGGGAAUUAUUUACGGUAUACAAUAUAAAGAGAAUAUAAAAUUGAAAUAGCAAGUUUGUGGUUGUAAAAACUAGUUUUUAAUUUCCUCAUAAGUAUGUCUGGCAUCUCAUCUUUAUACUGAAGUUAAAUACCCAGUAAUUUUCUGGAAAACAGCAAGAGAAUACUUUUUAACUCGUUUUCCCUUAAUCCUGUCAUGUACCAGAACAGCUCAUUAUAAAAUACAGUGACAGUAUAAAAAUCAAAGCUUCAUACCUGUUAUAAUAAUUUUAAAGAUUCUGUGAUUAAGUGCUUUAUCUUUGACUACUUUUAGUUGAAUCGUUAUACAACAUACUUAUUGCUGUAUAACACUUAACCAGAAAAUUAAUUUACUUGAAAAAUUCAAUACCAGUACCCAUUUAUUUACAUGAAAUUGAUGUGUAAGAUUUAGGUAUAAAGGGCUUAGUACUGGGUAGUUAAAUUUUAACUGCUUAUUUUAGCAGUAUGAGACGAAAAGAAUCUUUGUUGGAAUCUUUUUUGGGACCUGUACAUUAACAUUGAAUUGAAAGUAUUAGUACUGGCACACUGUGAUGUAAAAUGUUCCAUUUUUUUUUUGCUCCUUGACAUUUUAUUAUUUUUUGACUAGAAUUAGAAUGCUUCCUGUUCGAUAUUCUCAAAAGCUGAUGUAAAAAUUUUUAUCAAUCAAUUUCCUGCAUCACCCAAUAGUGAAUACCUAAUACAGUUACUUAAAGUAAAAAUAAAAUCAACAAGGUCACCAAAGAAUUAUUAAAAUAGAAUUUCAAGCAAGCUUUAUUUUAUUUUUUAAAGUUUUCAUAUAACUACUGGCUGUAUCACACUGUCACACCUUGUCAUUUUAAUAUUUUAAAGCUCUGAGUAUUCCACAUGUGACAUUAGUCUUUACACAAAAUAAACUGACAAGACUUCUUGGACUCAUAAUUGAACUUGUGGCUUUUUGAUACAGUACAGGUAACCUUAGGUAAGGACUACAACAUUGUAAUUUAAAAUACAGUUCAGUGUAGGUAAAAUUAAUGUACUGGUGGUAAAUUAUUAUAAAAUACCAAUACCAGAUAAUUGUAACAUGAAAACAUUUAUUACAGUAGGGUUCCAAACUUAAUCUUUUUGAUAGUCUUACAACUUAGUUAUUUACUGACUGUACCGGUACUGUUACUAGUGUUACCCUAUAACUUAUUACAGUACCGGUAACUAUGAUGAGUUGUUCCACUAAAUCUUUCAGUUUCGGAAUUAAAACAAAACAUCAAUUUGUAAAAUGAGUUAAUGUUACAAUCAGAGAACACAAAGUUGCCACUUAACACAUCAAUCAUACAGUAAAAUUAAAAUGUUCAGGAAAUUUAAAAAAUAACUGUUAUUGUUAAUUAAUCAUUAAUGGGUAAGUAAACCAGAAUAAAUUAAAAGUCAAUGUCUCCUCUGCUCUAAUUUUUUGUAAAAACCCCCUGGCUGCAAUCAAGCCUUGCCUGUGUUUAGUUUACUGAGACAUCAACAAUUAUCAAGGGGUGAUAUUAUGUCUUAUGACAAUACUCUAUGUAAAUAUAAUUUUGAGCUGACCUCUUCCUACACAAAUCACUUAUGUGUUCAGUUCACAGGAAAUAUGUCAUAUAAAAAAAAAUCAUUUUUUUAAAAAGGAAAACAAAAAAGUACUGCAUUAAAAUUAAAUUAUGCCUAAACAUACACAAAUCAUCUGGACAAUUUUGAAUGUAAUAAAAUAGUAAGACUAAGACAUAAAAUAAUUGUAAAGAUUUCAAAAAGUACAAAUUCAAUGAAAACUAAGAGUGUAGGCCUACUAAUAAUAGCACAGUAGUAGUAGUAGUAUUAAGUAUGCAUGUAACUGGUAAGAGGCAUGGGUAGGGA